CGUCCACUCCUUUUCCUGCUUGCUUGCAGCCUGGUCGCCGCAUUACCUUUACGUCUACCAAUUCUUGUGGAUCAAAAACCUCUACUGCUGAGUGGUUCUCACCAUGCGGCGCAUCCAUUGACACAACAUCUUGACCGUAUGCCAAUAUCAGCAGAAUUGUUGUUCACCGCUAGCGACGAUGAUGAGAUGAUUCAUGUCUGGCUGCCGCUCGGAAAACGUAUAUCAACGCAGAUUCGUAGGCGAUUAUCCAGUUCUCCCGCUACAUCCAAUAUCGGCGCGAAUAGCCAACGUGCUAGGGUCGUCAAGCAAGACAUCCGUCAGACGCAAGCACCAGCAAGUCACAUGCAUGAUCACGGCUGGAGCGAACAGGUUGCGCCUCGAUACACAAGCGAAUUUGGAGGCGGUGUUCCAGGAAGCGGACGGCAUAGUGAGGCUGAAUGA